AGAAAAUACGAGGAAGAGAGAGAGAUAUUCAAGAAAAUGCAUUUAUUUAUUCUUGAAUGUACCAUUCAAUUUCAACCCUAGAUUAUACAUAAUCCAUAUCAUGGCCACGUUUUUCCUUUACUCGAAUGGCAACGCUGAAAGUUUGGCAGCACGUGGCUGUGAAUGCAUUUUGUCCGAUUCUCCCUACUUUUUCACAACCCCAUUACUACCCCUUAGUCUAUUGUCAAGUCUUUGCUCUUCGUUUUCACUCUAGAGAGAGAGAGAGAGAGAGAGAGAGAGAGAGAGGAGAGAAAUUCGAGAUUUUACCUAAGGGGAUGCAUGUUUUUGUAUUUUCUUGAACUGGUUUUUUAGUUAAUAUUUAUUAUAGAAACUGUCGGCUUAAUUUCGGAGAGUUUGAUGAAAUGAGUGACCACCCAGAUUGGCUGCCAGCAGGCUGGAAAAUUAAAAUUGGAGUUCGACAAAGUGGAAAGAAAGACAAGUACUAUAUUGAUCCAUCAAAUAAAAAAUUCAACUCCAAGCCAGAGGUGCUUCGAUAUCUCAAGAAUGCUGGGUCUGGGACAAAACAUACUAAAUCCAGGAAGCUGAAGAACAUUAACACCAGCAAGCAUGUUGACACCAGCAAGCACUCUGCUUCUAAAAUUGACAUCAAGAAGACUGUAGCAGAAAAUUUACCUCCAGGAUGGGUUAAAGAAAUUAGAAUCAAAAGAAAUGGUAGCAAGACCAGGAGCGACCCGACCUACAUUGAUCCUGUUAGUGGACGUCAUUUUCGCUCUAUGCCAGAAGUUUUUCGCUACCUUGAAGCUAGAGAUUCAGAAAAGGUUAAGUGCAAGCCAAAGGACAAGGGCUCAAUCAAUGCGGAGUCGGGAGGCCAUUCUCAAUCUGUUAGUGUGUCAUCUUCUGGAGCUAAACGACAGAGAUGGGCUGACAAGAAAGAAGAUAAAUACGUGACUGGAGACCAAUGCUCAAAACCAGGCUUCAAAGAUAUGACAAUGAAUAAUGCCAACAUAUUAGGUGCUAAACAUUUGAAGCCAAGAGAAGUGGAAGAUGAUUCUGUAGCUGGAGACCUUCGAUAUAAGCUACAGCUAAUAAAUGGAAAAGAACAACAUGAAGAUAGAAAGAGGCAGAAUAAGAUAUUUGCUGGCAAUGAAGUUGAAAAAAAUGUUAAUGAGGAUCAAAGCUUAAAAUCAGGUUCAAAAGGUGCUUCAACGAAGAAUAAUCCACCAGAAGCCAAUGAUAACCAGCAAAGUGUAAAAUCUGUUUCUGUAGCUGGGGAUUUUUCAGAUAAGCUAUCAUUAGUAAACAAAGUGGAACAACAUGAAGACACUGUGAAGCAAAAUAUAAAAUCAGCUGACAAUGAAGUAGAUAAAAAUGCUAAUGGGGAUCCAAGCUUAACGUCAGGUUUGGAAAGGGCUGAAAUGAACAAUGAUAAUAUGCCUGAGGCGAAUAACUUGGUGCAAAAAUUAAAACAAGAUGAAUCUGUAACUGGGGAACUUCCAGAUAUGCAACUGCAGGUAAACAGAAUGGAACAGCAUGAAAACGGAACAAACCCACAAAAGAGGAAAAGGUUGAAUAGCAAAACGCUAGGUGACUUACCUCGAAGAACUUCAAAACGACUUGCUAAGAUUGAAGUCGAUCGGUUGGUGGAAGUAAAACCAAAAAAUGAAGCUCAACCAGCAGCUUUACUUUCAGGCAAGACAGAAGUUAAUGGCGCCAAUAAAUUUUGUAAUCAUAGUUCUUCAAAUGGAUUUGAGAAGCUCAAAAGUGAAAAUUCAGAUGACAAUAAGCAGAAACGUUCUGCUAUUUUGCCUCUUAGAGAUCUUUCUUCUCCAAAACCGCAUGCUGGGGAUGACCAUAAUGGAGGUGAGAAACAAGAAAUGCCUAUUGACACCUCAUUCAACGAUUUAUUGAAGGAUCCUUGCAUUGAAUUUGCAAUAAAAACUCUUACUGGUGCAAUACCAAUAGAAGAUGUGAACAAGUUUAAUGACGGUUUAGUGUCUUCUCUGCCGUCGUCUAGUGCAAUUUCAGUUCCCAUGCCUCCCGGGGAUGUAUGGGCAGAUCCAUGUUUUGAGUUUGCAGUUAAAACUCUCACUGGUGAAGUUCCCAUGGUUGAUAAUUCUCAUGUUCAGAAUUCAUCAAACCAGCCACUGGACUCAUCAGAAACCAGUAGAGAUAAUGGCCUAGUGCUGCCAAAUUUCAGCCUUGCAUAGGAGCAAAUGGUAGCUGAAAGAAUUUUGUGGAUUCAAGUUUUCACUACUGCAUGGAGUAGAAGUGCACAUAAGAAAUGUAUGGUGAUAGCAAAACUUCAGCUUGAGAUCUGUGUGUGAAUGUUGUACCGUGACAAGAAUUUUAGUCUUUUAACUGUAUUCUUGCCUUCCUGCAGCUGCUGAUUUGAUUCCUCUUUACUGUUGUAGUAUAAUUAAUACUAGUUGAAAAGUAUAACUAGCCUGCUAUCUUCUUACUUA